AUGUUUCAACUAUUUUCUCAAUUAUUCAAGGAGGAGUCAGAUAUUAUUCAAGUAUUGGAGUCGCUCUCGAAUUCAGGAAAUAUAGAUUUAUUAUUGUCAUUUCCAAUGUGGUCGAGGUUCGCUCUGGAGUCUAGAAAUGGCAAUAUAAUAGACAUUGGAACAAAAAUUUCAUCUCUUUGCAUUAAAUGGUAUGAGACGAUGGUUUCAGUGGUUACGAAUCAAUCAAAUGGAGAAAACCUUGUGGUCAUUUUCUGUCAGCAACUUUCUGCCAUCUCAUUUGUUCUUAAAGAAAGGAAUGAUAUAUAUAGUAAAUUAUUGAAAAUUUUCAAAAAAAGAAUUUCCAGUUUACCUCUAGAUCGUCUGUUUUUGGCCACAUCAUUUAUCCAUGAACUGGAGCCACAUAUUGUCAAGGACUUCAAAAAAUUUCUUCUAUCAAAGCUAAAAGCAUCACUGGAUAAUACCACCGACGAGGAUACUUUAAUUAAAAUAAUUUCUCAAAUUUGCAACUCACCGGAUUCUUCCUUGCGUGUACCUAAUCGUCUAUGCCAAGUUGUGCUCUCCAAGUUCUGGAUCUUCCUGUUGAACGCCACUGGUGAAGUUAAAGAAUUACUUGAUAAUUCGUGUGUUAAAAGAGUACGUGAAAAGAUUUCUCAGCUCGUUUGUACAAUGAAGGACAAAUCAAUCAAGACCGGAUUACUUAGUGAAUUGGUUGAAUACUCAAACGAUAGAUUAAUCAACUGUAUUAAUGCAGUAAUCGGUCCCGAAGGAAAAGUAAUUACUAACGAAAUGCUAGAUUAUUUCAGAGAGAAUUUGCGUGGUCAUUCAAAUAUCGUCCAAAAUCUCGAUUUCUUCUACAGCAAGUGGUGUGUCAAGGCUGUUGACGUUCAAUUUUAUCUCGAUGAUCUUACCGAAAAAAAGAAUAAUUCGACAUUUCUUGAAAUGAGUCAGCCACGUCAUUGGUCAAUUCAUGAAAAGAUAAUCCAGGUCAGCCGAAAAGCAUACAAAUACAAAUAUUCACAAACUUUUGUAAAUGUAUUUGAAGCAAAUACGGAUGAAGAGACUCAAAAAAAGCGUGCUUCUGGUGUCGCAGGCCAUUGA